GGAGAAUGAUGCACCAGAUGAAAGAGAAUACAAGGGCCCUGGUUGCGAGGUUUCGUUAUCCACCGAGGCGACCCAGCAGGAGGAAGGCAAGUCCGCGAAAAAGACGAAUAAGAGAAAGAAGAAAACUGCGUGCCUUCGAGAACUUUCUCACGUUAUCCCUGCCAAGGUGUACCGACAAGACGUUCUGAGUUUCUGUAAUGAGAAUGUUGGGUCGCGCUUUUACGAUAUCAUCGUUGUGGAUUACGUUGAGCAUGAAGAUGAGCAGCACAUGGAAGAUCAGCAGCAGAACAGCAAGAUGAAGGGCGCAUUACAACGUCUAUUGCCACGCCUCGGGGAACUUCUGAGGCCAAAAUCGGGGAUGCUUAUCGCCCGAGGCUGCUUCACGAAUGCCGAGCGGUUGGAGACGGCGCAGGACGUAGUGCAAACUUCCGUGAGUGGGUCCGCUUCACAAGUCAAAGCAGAGGUCUACACAUUAGCUGAAUUUAAAAUGCGAGAGGAUGAAAACAGUAGUGAAGGUGGCAGCAGCAGCUGCGGAGUAGAAAAUGGCUUAACAUCGUCAAUGAGAUUCGGGGAGGAUGUCGUUUUUAUUGGCUCUCUCAAGAGUGGAAGUAUCGAGCUCUCAGUUGCUGAAUGGGAC